AGUUAAUAAAACUUAAAAUUCACACUUAAAAUUAGAAUACAUUUAUUUGACUUAAAUCAAACGUUAAAAAAUAAGAUAUAGAUAUUUUUCUAAAUCAAUUGUAUUAUUUAAUAGGCGAGAAGGAUAAAAGAAUGGAGCUUUUUAUUUUUUGUUUCAAGUUAGACAAUGUAUCUCUGUACGAAAUGCGCGCGCAAUGUUCUUAUACGUGGUAGAGAUAACAGCGCCAAUGAAACGGCGAAAUACGCAAUUAUAUAUCGCAAUGUUCAAUCGCAAUCGAUAUAAAUUUCUCGCGAUCGAUAUAUCAUAUUGGUGGGCAACAGAACUGUAGAAAUGUUGUUACUCUUGGACGAAAAGCACAGCAAGAAGAUUCGAGAACGGUUCAUUUAGAAAUCGUCAGGUAAAUAUAUAUAGUUUUUAGAUUUAUUUUUGUAUUGUCGAAUUCAUCUGCGAUUUAGAAUAAUGAGUAAUAUUUAGAAGAGUUAUUACAUACAUAUAUCCACCCAAUCCGAUUACUGAUGGUGGUCAAGAGUGAAUAUAUACAUAUAUAUGUACUUAUUGUAUUUCUACAUACAGUAAUUCACAAGAGUAUUGCAAUAUUCACUGUGGGAAAUAUUUAUAUAUGUUAUAUGUAUAAUGUAAAACAUUUUGCAUUAGCAUCGUAAUGAGAUAUGAUUACGUGUAUGAUAUAAAAUAUUUCGCAUUAGCAUUGUAACGAGAAAUGACCGUUUGUAUCGUAUAAAACGUUUUGCAUUAACAUUCUAUUGUGACUAUUGUGAUUAUAUUGUCAAAUUUGAGACCAAUCUGAAAAUAAACACAUAUAGAAACUACAAGAAAUUUACUGUAAACAUCAACGUAUCUAGUAGCUACGUAUCUAGUAAAAAAAAUUUGUUUCUGUAGGAUAUCAACCGAAUCUUACUCGUGUGUGUUUGUAGCCCCACCCCACCGAAUUACGUAGCUUGCAACGUGAACCUGUUGCGCGGGGGGGUUAUUCUAUUGUCGAAAAUCGAGGCGUUAAGAUGUAUCACCCGAACAUGGCGUUUGUUAACUGCGUAAUACCUUCGUCGUCAUCCUUUCACCGUUUACAUCCAGGCUACGAUUAACCUCAUUUAAUUAACGUUCGUUGAUUGCGAGAGAAACAUCGUAUUGAAACAAGAAUUGGGAGGAGUACAAAGUAUUGGGAGGACGCCAUGAUGUUUAACGAUAUUCGAUUUGCUAACUUCUCACAGAAAUAUGAUUUCUUCGAGUUUCCCCUUCUUCAGGGGAAUUUUGUGGAUCUUAUUUGAUGGGCUUCUCAAUAACUACCCUCGGGUCAUCGACAUCGAGCAGCGUUCUUCGUAUCUAAUGGUCAGUAUCGCCUUGACCAUCACGUUGGCGCUCGGCCAUCGAUCACGAGCCGGCGUGAUAUCCCUGGAAGCGGAGGCUUUACACGGACAACAGGAUCCAGUGCAGCACGGUUCACUGGCCAACUCGUACCUGCAGUUUCACGGACCCGUCGAGGGGCCAGUGUUUGAGGUGAAAGUACCGUACGCGGAGAAUCACGAGGACAGCUCGAACAAUUUGCACGGACACGAGCAACAGGAACACGGUUACGAGUUUGACUAUGUCGCGCAUCCGAAGUACGAGUUCUCGUACGGCGUCGAGGAUCAUCAGACUGGCGAUUUCCAUGCUCAGAAAGAAACGCGAGAUGGAAGCAGCGUGUCCGGCCAGUACAGCGUGAAGGAACCAGGUGGUAGCAUUCGAGUGGUCAGCUACCGCGCCGACAAGGAUGGAUUUCAUGCCGUGGUGCACACUUCCGGCAAGAACGACCACUCGGCUGAUAUCUACGUCGGUCAAGGCCAGCUUCGAGUUCACGAUCACCAAACUGCGGCGCAACAGGAACAAGACAUCCAAGAUUACGUCGCCUCGUACACUACCAACGAGGGAUAUUGAUCCUUUCGUGAUCCAUCGAUCGUUUAUCGUUUUGUACCUGUUUGUUACGCUUCGCUGUUUCAUGUUUUCACUGUACCAAAGGCUUUCAUCGUUGCUUAUCAUCCUGGAGA